AUGAAACAUAGAGGAAAUGCGUUCGGCAUUUUAAGACAAGGAAGAACCCGUCUCAACGACUUCCGUCUGCCAUUCCGCGCUGGUCCUCUGGAUCCUCAGACCGAUUCCGGGCGGAUGGUCGACAUUGUCAUUGGAAACUACACCUUGAGCAGUUUGCUGUUCUGGAUGGAUCAAUACCGCAAGUUCGACUACGAGAUCUCGAAAACCGCGCAGAACAACUCAGCCUUGGCCGGGUACUUGAGGACAGAUUGCGGAAAGGAUGAUAUUUGUGCUGGGACCAUAUUUCCGGCUCUCAAAGAACGUUUCCCGAAUGGAAUGGUAGUCAUCAAGUCCCAUACCUCUUCAUAUCCAAAAGUGGUCAUCACCGAGGGAAAGGCUCGAGUCUUCGUGGAGACCAAGAUUGACGCCUACGUGCAGCAAACCGAGCGAACCCGCCGGUUCCUGCAAUGCAACAUGGCAGCUGAGGUGAAGUACGACGAGCCAAAGUUCCAGGACUACGUCUUCAAGUCGAAGCUCAGGAUCGACAAGUUCAAGCUGACCGAUGUCACCUCAAGCGUUGAUGGUAUUGACGCCAACUCGCUUGAAUUCCUCGUCAACGCCUUAAUAGAGCUGGUGCUCAAUGAUGAGAUGGCGGAGAAGAUGAAGGGAAUCGCAUUCCCGAUCAUCUUCGACUUUGACCAGCAGUCGGUUGAUGUGUCAUUCGAAAAAGAUCGCUUGCGGAUAUCGGUCGAUUAUUGCUACGGCACGAAAUGUCAGGUGAAAACGGAAGAGUCGCGCGACGGCAACGUCGACUACUAUGAUCAGGUCACCGGG